CCCGCGUCCCUGCCGGCCCCGGGGAGCGGGUGGGCCCGGCCGCGAGCAGCCCCGCCGAGGCAGGAUGUUCACGUCCAAGUCCAACUCGGUGUCGCCCUCGCCGUCUCUGGAGCAGGCCGACUCGGACGCGCUGGACAUCAGCACCAAGGUGCAGCUCUACGGGGUGCUGUGGAAGCGCUCCUUCGGGAGGACGUCGGCCAAGUGGUCCCGGAGGUUUUUCAUCAUCAAAGAGAGCUUCCUUCUUUACUACUCUGAGAGCGAAAAAAAGAGCUUUGAAACCAAUAAAUACUUCAAUAUCCAUCCCAAGGGUGUCAUCCCUCUGGGUGGCUGCCUGGUGGAGGCCAAGGAAGAGCCCAGCAUGCCCUACGCCAUGAAAAUCUCCCACCAGGAUUUCCACGGGACCAUCUUGCUGGCCGCCGAGUCGGAGUUUGAGCAGACCCAGUGGCUGGAGAUGCUGCAGGAGUCUGGGAAGGUGACUUGGAAGAAUGCCCAGCUGGGAGAAGCCAUGAUCAAAAGCCUGGAGGCCCAGGGGCUGCAGUUGGCCAAGGAGAAGCAGGAGUAUUUAGACAAACUGAUGGAAGAGACUGAAGAACUCUGCCUUCAGAGGGAGCAGAGAGAGGCUCUUGAGCGCCUGAACCAGGUGCUGGAGGCCGAGAAGCAGCAGUUUGAGGAGGUGGUACAGGAGCUGAGGAUGGAGCAGGAACAGAUCAAGAGGGAGCUUGAGCUGACUGCAAGAUGCCUCAAGGGCGUGGAGCAAGAGAAAAAGGAGCUAAGACACUUCACAGAGUCCCUACAGCAGACGCUGGAGGAGCUCUCCAUAGAGAAGAAGAAAACCCUGGAGAUGCUGGAGGAGAAUGAGAACCAGCUGCAGACGCUGGCCAAUCAGAGCGAGCAGCCGCCUCCCAGCGGGGGUCUCCAUAGCAACCUGAGGCAGAUAGAGGAGAAGAUGCAGCAGCUCUUGGAGGAGAAGCUCUUGGCGGAGAAGCGGAUGAAGGAGAACGAGGAGCGCUCCAGGGCCCUGGAGGAGGAGCGGGAGUUCUACUCCAGCCAGUCCCAGGCGCUGCAAAACUCGCUGCAGGAGCUGACGGUGGAGAAGCAGCAGGCUGAGCGCGAGCUCAAGGCUGAGGUGAAGGUCCGCAUGGACCUGGAGAGGCGUCUGCGGGAGGCAGAAGGGGCCUUGCGAAGCCUGGAACAAGGGCUCAACUCCAAGGUGCGGAACAAGGAGAAGGAGGAGAGGAUGCGGGCUGACGUGAGCCACCUGAAGAGGUUCUUUGAAGAGUGCAUCCGGAACGCGGAGCUGGAGGCCAAGAUGCCGGUCAUCAUGAAGAACUCGGUGUACAUCCACAAGGCGGCCACUCGCCGCAUCAAGAGCUGCCGCUUCCACCGGCGCCGCUCCAGCACCUCCUGGAACGAUGUGAAGCCGUCCCAGUCCUUCAUGACCUCCCAGCUGGAAGCCAACAACAUGGAGGAGCUGAAGGAGGUGGCCAAGCGGCUCAGCAGGGACCAGCGCUUCCGAGAAUCCAUCUACCACAUCAUGGCCACCCAGCCUGGAGCCCCCUCUGCGCUUCCCCGGGGGGGAAAGUGAUGGGCCCCCCUCCCCUGGCCCCCCAAGGCCUUCCUCACUGGGGGCAGAGGGGUGGCAGGGGGAGGCCUAAGUCCACCCAGUUCCUCUCUGCCAGAGCUCCACCUGGGCGGGGGGCAGCCUCACCCUCAGAGGACAGGGAUGCCACCCUGUCACCCUCACCCCAGACCCUACCCUGUGUCCAGGCCAGGCCCGUGCAGGCUCAAGUUGGGUGCCGCCUGGUAAAGUGAAGGAGGGGCCUGAUAGUGUGGAGAGACUUUUCUGACUAGGGGAGUGGGGUGGGCAGGGCCCACGGCCCUCUGUCAAGCGCCCUGUACCUCUCUGUGACUCUGCCACCCUCCUUGACCCUGGCUUCCCCAGGGUUUCCCAGCCCUCCUUUGGCUUUUGAAACCCUCUGUCAAGGCCCCUUACGUCAACCACACUGUGGGGGAGAGAAGAAAGGGACCUGGCACACUUCUGGGCUGGUGGCCGGCCACAGUCUCCACACGCACCUGAGGUUGGGCCCUGGCUGUGGGACCACUCACCCACUCCCCUCCUCAGAUGAACUCACCCACCUGCAGCCUCAGCACCUUCGAGGAAGACUUGACUCCCCCCUCCCCAUCCCCACAUCCCUCCAGUAUGUUUCCUGAGGGCCCUGGGCAGGAACUGUGGCCAACAGCCAUGUUGAAAUCUACCCCAGAGGACAGGUAGCAAGUCAGGGAGUGGAGGAAGGCGGCUGGGCUCCUGCAACAUCCACUCCCGGUCAGCGGGGUCCCGGAGGUCUCCCUCUCAGCUGACCCUGCUCGGAUCACCUUGCCUCCUUCCCCCUGCAGAGGCUUUACCCCAUGCAACUGCUGCGGUGAGCCCUGGAAGAUGGGGGCUUGGGCCUGUAAGAAGGCUUGCAGCCAUUGGUUGGCCCUGUGUCGUGGCAGACACUGCCCUCCAGGGGGCGCUGAGGACUGCGUGUCCCUCAUUCAUGGACAGACGUCUGCCCGGCAUCCUCUCCAUCCGGGCCUUCUGUCCCAAACUGCCUGAGUCUGUUAGCCUCUCCCCAAAAGGAGUCCCAGUGGGUCAGGGUGCUCAGGGAUGCUGGUGGUACUGUAGGUGCUCAUCCUGUGCUGCUCGGAAAGCGGAGCCCAGUCGGAGAGGUGGACAAAUGGCUGCAGGGCAUAGGCCUGUGGCCUGCUCUGUGGGGAAAGGAACGUUACUGACUCAAAACACGGGCGUGUCUACUGCUAGGCCAGCCAAGGCCAGGAGGGCUGCCCUGCUCUGCGGUCAGGGCUGCCGGAGAAACAAACCUCAACCGUCCCUUCUCCGUGGUAGGCGGGCUUCAACCAGUCUCUUCCAAGCCUAGGUGGGAGCAGGGGUGCAAGAGUUUCAGAGUCAAUGCAUCUGAAAGGCCCGAGUCUCCAUGUGAAAGCUUUCAACACGUAGGAACCUGCAUAAACCUGGAACCCAUUGAUCUAUCAUGUAUGCGAGAUGGACUUUGAAAUGAGGACGAUUUAUGAACCGAGAUUACUAUUUUAUUCUUUGUUUUUAAAGAAUCAAGUUAAUAAUGGUUUGCUCUUGGAGAGAGGUUUUUCAAAUGCACUUCCCCGCCUGGGCAAACUAUUAACCAGAGAGGAAAGUGCUUUUUCAUGCAUAUUCACCAACCUCGAAUUUCUUUCCUCCUGACUCACGCUGUACUUUCCAUGCCUCAGGCAAGUUUGGGUUAUCUUCAAACAACUGAUCAAUCCACAAGUAUUUAUUGUUAAAAACUCAUUCUGUACCUAGCACUGUAAAUAGAGAGUAACAUCUCUAUGUGAAAAUAUG